GCUGAAUGCGUAUCUCCUGGUGUAAGAGUGUGGUUGGAUGGUGACAGUUACUAGCUUUCAUUUAAUGAGGAAGUGCAGGCUCUUGUGUUCCGCAGAGAGAACAAAGCUCCGUGGUUCAGGUGUUUACGGUAUCAGCCAUGUGUCCACUAUGCUUCCAUAUCCCUGCUGGGCUCUGAGGAGAUGAAGAUGACUUCCACUAGCAGCCUUAUGUCUGUGUGAAAACUCUCAGCCUGAUUAGUUUGAUGCGAUUUGGAAUGCUGAGGUCAUUUACCCUGAUCGUCAGUGAUGGCUCCUGUUCCUCCAGGAAUCCGCCUGCUGAUGGCCUUCAACAAGGACCAAUGGUACAGAGCUCUUACCUUCAUUGUCACCUUCCUGCUCUACACUAGCUUCCACCUGUCCAGGAAACCCAUCAGCAUAGUAAAGAGUGAGCUUCAUAAGAACUGCUCAUCCAUCGGUGAACUGGCCACGGUUGCUCUGGGCAGUGGUGGUGGUCAAGAGCCCCCUUCACUCCACACAGAUGUUGAGUGCAGCUGGAAACCUUUUGAUAAAAGCAACUACAAACAGCUGUUGGGAGCCAUGGACUACUCCUUUCUGUGUGCUUAUGCGAUUGGGAUGUACCUCAGCGGCAUCAUUGGGGAGCGCCUACCUAUUCGGCUGUAUCUGACAGUGGGAAUGCUGACCAGUGGGCUUUUCACCUGCCUUUUUGGGCUUGGUUACAUUUACAACAUUCACAGCCUCGGCUUCUAUAUUUUCGUUCAGGUUGCCAACGGUUUGGUUCAAACUACUGGCUGGCCCAGUGUUGUGACCUGUAUUGGCAACUGGUUUGGGAAAGGAAGGCGUGGGCUCAUCAUGGGACUUUGGAACUCACACACCUCAGUGGGGAACAUCCUGGGUUCUUUAAUUGCUGGUUACUGGGUCUCCUCUAACUGGGGCCUCUCCUUCAUUGUACCAGGACUUAUCAUUGGAGCCAUGGGAGUCGUUUGCUUCCUCUUCCUUAUUGAACAUCCAAAUGACUUAAAAUGUAUAUAUGCUCAGAACCUGUCUCCUGGCAACAGUGUUUCAGCCAAAAGCUGGAAUGGAGCAAAUGGACAUUCCAAGUUAUAUCUACAAAACAAGCACCACAAAAAGCAGAGCUAUGACAUGGAGCUGCUGCUGCCCCAGGACAGUGUUUAUGUCCCAGCACAGCCUGUGGUGGUGGUGAAGAGUGAGUCGGAGCUCUCUGCCAUCAGCUUCAUGGGAGCACUGCGAAUACCUGGAGUGGUGGAGUUUUCUCUGUGCCUGCUCUUUGCCAAACUGGUCAGUUAUACCUUCCUUUUCUGGCUUCCCCUCUACAUUACCAAAGCAGCUCACUUGGAUGCAAAGAAAGCUGGAGAUCUCUCCACCUUGUUUGAUGUUGGAGGAAUUGUGGGAGGGAUCUUGGCAGGAGUGAUCUCUGAUAAACUGGGGAAGAGAGCCACCACAUGUGCUGUCAUGUUACUACUGGCUGCUCCUACACUUUAUGGCUUCUCAAUGAUCAGCCAGUUCGGUCUGGGACCAACCGUUGGAAUGCUGUUGGUAUGUGGAGGUCUGGUAAAUGGACCCUAUGCCCUCAUAACAACUGCGGUGUCAGCAGAUCUGGGAACACACAAAAGCCUGAAAGGCAACGCCAGAGCAUUGUCCACAGUUACUGCCAUCAUUGAUGGGACAGGAUCUGUAGGUGCAGCUCUGGGCCCCCUGCUGGCUGGUUUGUUAUCUGCAGGUGGCUGGGAUCGGGUCUUCUACAUGUUAAUGACUGCUGACUUCCUUGCUUUGUUGCUUUUGUUGCGGCUGGUGACAAAGGAGCUGUCCUCAUCUAAAUCCCACCGUGUCUCUGCUAUUGAGUUGAAGGAGCAUUGAGCACUCUGACUGUACUGCUACCACACACAUCUUUCUCUGAUACUGGUCUAAUUUGCAGGCAGCAUAUGAAAUAUAGGUGAGAUAUGAAUUCUUAUGAUGCUUAGGCAUCAAAUCUGCAAGUCAGAUAAGAGGGUUUUAUCUUUGUUUUUUAAAUCCUUGUUACUAAAACAGACAGUAGACCAGUUUAAUCAUAGUUUGUGUUUCUGUCAGCUUUGUGAGUAAGCUCUUCUAGCAAUAUCCUGCCAGCAGGACCAGAUGCAGGUGGACCACUGAAUGCUUUGUGGCUCUCACUGCCAUUUUGGUUUUUUUUAAUUCAUUUGUUGGGUUUUAUGUUUGUUGAAAAUAGUCUUUUUAAAUUGAAAUUAUGCAUCUAUUAAAGUUACAGAUCAGAUCAGAACAGCACAGACAAUAUCUCUGUAUAUGUGUGACUUGUUCUCGUUUAGAUGAAGACACCCACAUCCAUCCGUCUACACUCAUGGAUAGAUUGUGCAGUAUGGCCCAAACUCUCUGUAUGUGUUUGGAAAUGGGUAAAGUGAGCUUGUAGCUCUAGCAGUUUGCUGUCUGCACACCUCAGAGAAUCUCUUUGUUCAUCAUCUUGUUUUUACAUGAUGUGCAAGUCCCAAAUGAAGCUGCUGACCACUGCAACAAAGCUGCUGUUGUAAUGUCAUCUUUGCCUUACUAAACCAAAGACAUUACGGGAUCACUGUAUUCACUGAUUUGAACUGUCCUUAAUCUGUAUGUUUCCUUCUGAAUAAUAUUAUUUGUAUUAUUAUUCUUGUAACGAGGACACCAAAGCUCUAUUUUUCUAAGCUGCUCAGAGGAACGGGGUAAGGGGGUCUAAUAUAUUGUGAAUGUACUUGUCAGAUUAGAAGGUGGGCUUUACAGACUUCAAGGGUUUAUUGUCUGGUGCAGUUUUAGGUUUUUAUUUAAUACAUGCAUGUUGUGUAAGUAAUCUAUUUUCUAAUUAAAUCAGUCUUGAUCAGUCUUUUCAUUACAAUUGUGUAUCUGGCAAGAUAUGUUGUUGUUUUUCUAUUUCAUUUGAUAAAUAUUGUUCUGUUAAUUUAUUGAGCACUUUGAAAAAAAUAAAUAUGUAUAUAUGUAUCUACCUUUUAAAAGAAGAAUACAUAUGUAUAUUUAUUAUGUGAUGGUGGUAGUUUUUGAGUACUCGAAAUAUUUUGUGCCUUGUUUGAAGUAACUGCACUUGAUUCUUGUUUGGAAAGAAAACCACAUAUGUAUGAUUUCUGGAGUUGAUCAUUAAUGGAGCAUACUGGGAAAAAUAAAUAAACAUUUGUUUUGCGGCA